AUGGCUCUCAUAAAUUUUCAUGUUGCAAUUUUCUUAGAGUUAAGCUUUUUACGCUUGAAUGGUUUUAGAAAUCUGAAAAGUCCUAAAGAUUACUUGCAUGGUUCAAAAAAAAUAUUUUGGAACAAUAACCAGAACAAUAUGAAUAGUUUUCAAUAUCAGCAAAAGCCUUUUGUCACAUAUAAUAAAUUCCAAAAAGUACCACAAAAUAUGAAGGCCAAGUUUUAUGAUUUUAAUAAAGAAUCUAGAUUGAAGCAAUGCUCCAAUGAAGAUGGCAAGGAAAACACCGAAUCUAGGGCUUUAUUGCCUUUCACCAAAAAUUUUUACAUUCCACAUCCCAAUGUAUUAAAACGAACUGAUGAUGAAGUUAAUGAAUAUAGAGAAUUAAUGGAAAUAACAGUUAAUGGAAAAAAUGUUCCAAACCCAAAUCAAACUUUUGAAGAAAGCAAUUUUCCAGCUAAUGUCAUGGCUGUAAUAAAAAAACAAGGCUUUUUGAAACCGACUGCAAUUCAAGCACAAGGAUGGCCUAUUGCCCUUAGUGGUAGAGAUAUGGUAGGCAUUGCACAGACUGGAUCUGGAAAAACUUUGGCUUAUGCUCUACCAGCUACAGUACACAUUACUAAUCAAAAACCAUUGUCAAAAGGAGAUGGUCCAAUAGCACUUGUUCUUGCUCCCACAAGGGAAUUAGCACAGCAAAUCCAAUCUGUUGCAAAAGAUUUUGGUGCAUCAUGUUCAAUUAGAAACACAUGCAUAUUUGGAGGGGCUCCUAAGGGAUCUCAAGCGCGUGACUUAGAGAGGGGUGUCGAAAUUGUUAUUGCAACACCCGGCCGCCUUAUUGACUUUUUGGACAAAGGUACUACAAAUCUAAGAAGAUGCACAUAUUUAGUUUUGGAUGAAGCUGAUCGUAUGUUAGACAUGGGUUUUGAACCUCAAAUUCGAAAAAUUAUUGAGCAAAUUAGGCCUGACAGGCAAGUUCUAAUGUGGUCCGCUACAUGGCCAAAGGAAGUACAAACCUUGGCUGAAGACUUUUUACAUGAUUAUAUUCAAAUUAACAUUGGAUCUUUAUCUUUGGCUGCUAACCAUAAUAUCCGUCAACAUGUUGAGGUUAUGCAGGACUCUGAAAAAGAAGGAAGAUUAACCAACUUGUUACGAGACAUCGGAGGUGAUAGAAAUAAUAAAAUUUUAAUUUUCGUUGAAACUAAAAAGAAAGUUGAUGAUAUAGCACGACUUGUUAAGCAAGAAGGAUUUCCUGCCAUUUGUAUGCACGGUGACAAAUCUCAACAAGAAAGAGAUCACGUUCUCAACGAGUUUAGAAGUGGAAAAUGUGCGGUACUCGUUGCUACCGAUGUAGCUGCUAGAGGCAAGAUUAGACAUUACGUGCAUCGUAUUGGUCGAACGGGGCGUUCUUCUCAAAUGGGUACCGCUUUUACAUUUUUCACCCCGCAAAAUGCUCGUCAAGCUAAAGGAUUGGUAGCCGUUUUAGAAGAAGCUUCUCAACCCAUUAAUCCAAAAGUAACGGAACUUUUGGCAGCUACCACUAAAGGCCCGACUCCCGAACCUACUAAUAACUAUGGAAACAUUAAUCAAAUUUGGCAACCGAACAGCCCUGUGUUACCUCAAGAAAACCAUUACUCCGGAAAGUACCGGACCGUUCAAAAUGAAAACGGAUUUAAGGGAAGAAUGCACAAUAAUACCGGUUCGGAAAUUUAUCAAAAAAUUCCAACUCGUAUUAGCAAUUGCAACGGCAACGGCAUCAACAACAAUAACAGUUAUUUACAGAAACCGCAAAAUCUUAAUUUGAAUCAAGCAAACAAAAACACACCUUUCGGUCCGCAAAUUAAUUACGACAGUAACAUAUACAACAAUCAACAAUGCGGCGGUGGUCAAAAUUUUCAAAAUAAUCACCGACCGCCGGUCAAUCACGAUUUUAUGAGAAGUCAAAGAAACAAUUUUCAAAACAGGCCACGAAUGAGAAGCAACGUCAUGAAAAAUCAACCCAACAACAACGGUGAUAUAUCCAUGGCGAACGGAUUGAAUUCGCAGCACGUUCAUCCGUGGCCGACCAACGGUCAAAUCAGUGCUUUGCCACCACCACCACCAUAUUUCUUGCCAGGUACGGAUUCGUCUAUGUCGUUCAACGGAAAGUAUUUCGUGGCACCCACGAACGCGAUGACGCGACAAAAUAAUCCAUGCGGAAAUCAAUAUCAACAAUUUCAAUAUCCGCAAGUACCGUAUUUUCCAUUUAAUCAACCGGCUGCAGUUCAACAGUAA